AUGAGAACUCAUCAUUAUCCCUUCUUCAAUAGCGCGGAUCAUCAUCCUCUUCAUCCAAAAUCUCCACCGCGACACCUCAUCUUCGUCCCUCACGUUCUUAUUCUUUCGCAGUUCCACUUAACACCUCCGUCUCGAAUCUCAUUCUAUUCCUCAUCUCUGAUUCUCAACCUCAGCCUCACUCUAUCGUGGCAAUUUUGCUCUCCAAUUCAAACAAUAGACACGGAAAUAGUGUACAUGAUGAGGAAGAGGAAAUGCUUACCUACCGGAGAACUCCCAUGGUUCUUCAACAGUGGUGAAGACGAGAAAACUCGAAGAAGUAAGCUUUUCAGUUCUUUGCUUCUGUAG